CAAGACAGAACUCGGAAUCCAGUGUUUCCUCCAGCUCCUCCUGCUGUUUGGACGCUGUGAACGUUACAGACCAGGACAAAGCAUUUCAUGGGUUACCCGAGAUAAUUGAUAAGUGUUGGUGGAUAAAAAGCUUUUUCCAUAGUGAACCAUCUCCACCAACUGUUGGCAGAAAAACGCUAUCAGCAAGCAG